CCCUCCACAGUAGGGCCGUCACCAACUCGGACCAGUGCGCAGGCGCGGGAGAGUUCUAAGAAAAGUUUUUGCAAAUUUAGUGAAGGAGGAGGGGGUGGCGGCUCCGACCCCAGGUGCCCCAUGGCAGGCUCGGAAGAGCUGGGCCUCCGGGAGGACACGGUGAGAGUCUUAGCUGCCUUCUUUAGGCGAGGUGAGCCUGCUGGGUCCCCCAUUCCAACCCCACCCAGGAGUCCUGCCCAGGAGGAGCCAACAGAUUUCCUGAGCCGCCUUCGAAGAUGUCUUCCCUGCCCCCUGGGGCGAGGAGCAGUUCCCCCUGAAUCCCCUCGGCCUUGCUCCCUGCCCCUCCGCCCAUGCUAUGUUUCAGAGCCUGGCCCAGCUACUCCAGACUUCUAUGCUCUGGUGGCCCAGCGGCUGGAACAGCUGGUCCAAGAGCAACUGAGAGCCCCACCUAGCCCAGAGUUACAGGGAGCCCCACCCACAGAGAAGGAAGCCCUACUGCGGAAGCUGGUGGCCUUGCUGGAGGAAGAGGCAGAAGUCAUCAAUCAGAAGCUGGCCUCGGACCCCGCCCUGCGCAGAAAGCUGGCCCGCCUCUCCGCGGGCUCCUUCGCCCGCCUAGUGGAGCUCUUCUCCAGCCGGGAGGACAGCCCUCUUGCCAGCCGCCCACGCCCCAACUUGCCCUGCCCUGGGCCCCCGCCGCCUUCCCCGGAGCCCCUGGCCCGUCUGGCCCUGGCCAUGGAGCUGAGCCGCCGCGUGGCCCGGCUGGGGGGCACCCUGGCCGGACUCAGUGUGGAGCACGUGCACAGCUUUGGGCCCUGGAUCCAGGCACACGGGGGCUGGGUGAGCUGCCCGAAAGCUUCUCUGGGCCUCCCGUUACCCAAUUGUAACUUGUGUCUGUGUGGUGGGGGGGGCAGCUUCUUCGGCUUCUUUUCAGACAUGACAAAUAUUCUCCCAGCCCAAUCAUUCAUGUGUUUUGUGUUUAUUGAGCACCUACUGUCCACCAGUAGGUAAUCAGUGCAGACGCUUAAACCAUUCUGAUAUACACUGACAGUUAUGAGUGGGAAACAAGGGAGACCCCUUCCUGGGCCUCGGUUUCCUUAUCUGUCAGGUGGGGAGAGUAGAAGUACCAAUCUCAAAGGGUUAUUGUAAAGAUUAAAAUGGGAUCAUCUCUGUAAGUCCUUGGCACCCUGUGGGCAUUUGCGUGAUUAUCUGGUGCCUGUCUGCCUCUUUGACACUGCCUGCCAGAAUGCGCUUGCCCAGGUAUCCCCCUGCCUCGCUUCCUCUGCUCCAUUCAGGUGUCACCCCCAGUGAGGCCUCCCCUGGUCCCCAUUUAAAACUGCCCCACCUCCAUACCCUCCUACCCACUCCCUUUCCCUCUUCAUUGCUUUACUUCCUUCCGUAACACUCUGCACCUGCUAACACACAGCUUCUACCAGAUGGUAGGAUUGACUCGUUCUACUUAUUAUUUCUUUUUAUUUUUUGUUUUCUCUUGCCCCUGACCUAUCAGCUUCACAAGACCAGGGAGUCUUACCUAGCUCGCUCGCUGCUUUAAAUCCAGUGCCAGGCUCAGAGCUGGAUUGGGCUCCCGUGUACGGGGAGUGUGACCUUGGCAACGUCCCCAGCUACCUGAGCACCAGUUUCCCCUCGCCCAACGGGCACCUUUCACUUACCUGCCUCGUCGCUGUGGGGAUUCAGGGACAGAAAGAUGUAUGCCAUGCUCUCUCAGGAUGUAACCCUUGCUUCACAACCUGCCAGGAGCUGGCCAGGUGUUUGAGGAGCAGAGAGGAGGCCAGUAGGGCCGAAGCAGGGUGAGCGAAGAGGAGAGGGCCAGAGACAAGAGCAGGAGGGGCGGGGCCUUGUGAAGGUAAGAACUUGGACUCUGACCCUGAGUGAGCCCAAGUCCCUAGAGCUCUCUGAGCAGAGGCCGACGUGAACUGAUUUAGGUGUUAACUCGCGCCCUCUAGCGGCCUCGUGGGGCAAUACUGUAGAGGGCGAGGCGGAAGUAGGGAGUUGGGAGGUGUCUGCUCUUUCAGGGAGAUGAGGGUGGAUGGGACCACGGUGGGGGUAUUGGAGGAGUCUCCCAGUUAAUUUAGAGGUAGAGCUGACAGAUUUUGCUUAUGGAGUGGAUUACGAGUGCUAUUAAUGAGUGCUAAUGAGUGGAAGACGGAAGUCAAGGAUGCUGGCCUGAGCAGCCGUAGGGAUGCAUGUGGUGCUCCCUGAGACAGGGAGGAGCAGGGGGGAUGAGGAGCACGUUUGAAGAAGAGUCAGAGAUGAGUGGAAGUGGUCCAGUUAGGGGAGAGAUGCCCUUCAGACCUCAAAGGGAGAUGAGGAGGGGACCGUGGAUAUGCGUGUCUGGAGCUCAGUGCAAAAGCUUGUUUAUUUGUGGGUUUGGUUUUGUUUUGUUUUUUUGGCCACGUGCACA